AUGGCAUUUCUCCCUUACAUAUCCAUACCUACCUACGCCCAGGCCCCUGCGCCCGAGCAAUGGAUGUCACUAGUGGAGGCGCACGGUCACGGCACACGCAAACGCGUGCCACAGUCAGUCACCACACAACUGCAUGAGCUGAUUAUGAUGGGCAUGCGCACACGAGAGGGCAUCCAGGACUCACCCACAUGGCGACAGCUGACGAACGGGCAAUCGCCGUACGACCACUUUAACGCACGUGCCAGUGUGCAGCGCAUGCAAGCGGCAGGGCUGGUUGUGUGUGAUCUGCAUCGGGCGACCAUACGCCCAACCGCUGCGGGGGUGGCUGUUGCUGACUCUAUUCUGUCUGAGAUGUUGUAGGGCAAGGCAAUGGACAGGAGUGCUUGGUUGAAAAUGGGGAAGGAAAGGGUGGGUGUGGACAGUUUGGAACACAUUGCAGCACGAGCGUGUAUGGUCGUGUAGACUGGGAAG